UCGUUCAUUAUGCCAACAGACCUCGAGUAGUCUUUCUACAAAGAGAACCGUUUACGAGUGAGAAAUAAGUCAAAAUGUCGCACAAGUAUAUAAUCAGUUUGGCCGUUCUAGUCAUCACAUUGUUGACCAUCAGCACCGAACCGACUAAUGGAGCUGUCGCUUCGUACGAAUCGCAUAAUCUAAUUAUCGGCACUAGGAUGCCCGGUGACAAGCUUGUUCUUCAAGAAAAUGUCGUCAAGAAUUCUGGCUGGUUGAAAGUUCAGGUUGUUGAAAAGACCUUCACUGCUCCGAAAGGGGAACGUAUCACUGUAGUUGAAGCAUUGGACCAGAAGACGAACGGAAAGGGCGCGUACGCUAGUGUUUUAAAUGGUGGACCCGGACAAAACUUCGUCACCAUGAAGUUUAAGAGUCAGAGAGGCCACAGCAUUAAGUUCGUUUUAAAACUGUACGCACGACCUUAAUCAAUCACACUGGAAGCGCAUACUUCUAUGACUGAUACGACGAUUUCUGAAUACAAUUAGGAUGGAAAAAUACGAUAAUCAAUUUUGAAACUUACUACUCAUCUAGUUCUGAGUUAUUUAUUAUUAAAUAUUAUCAUUCUUGCCGCUAGCAGAAGACAUUGAAAAUUCUCGUCGUUCACUUUUUGAGGUCUUGUAUAUAUCAUCACCAAUAAAUCAAAUUGUAACUGAUA